CGCCCCUAGGGCUUUAGCGCCUCUCGCUCUACGUCACUACGCGCGUAGGCGCCGAGCUUUCAAAAUGCAGAGGGAAUUGGUGGGUUUUCCGCUGUCUCCCGCGGUGCGCGUGAAGCUGGUGGCUGCGGGUUUUCAGACUGCCGAGGACGUCCUGGAGGUGAAGCCCUCCGAGCUUAGCAAAGAAGUUGGGAUAUCCAAAGAGGAAGCCUUGGAAACUCUCCAAAUUCUAAGAAGAGAAUGUCUCACAAAUAAACCAAGAUGUGCUGGUACAUCUGUGGCAAACAAGAAGUGCACAGCACUGGAACUUCUAGAGCAAGAGCACACCCAGGGCUUCAUAAUCACCUUCUGUUCAGCACUAGAUAACAUUCUUGGGGGUGGAAUACCCCUAAUGAAAACGACAGAAGUUUGUGGUGUACCAGGUGUUGGAAAAACACAGUUAUGUAUGCAGUUAGCAGUAGAUGUGCAGAUUCCAGAAUGUUUUGGAGGAGUGGCCGGUGAAGCAGUAUUUAUUGAUACGGAGGGAAGUUUUAUGGUUGAUAGGGUGGUAAGCCUUGCCACUGCCUGCAUUCAGCACCUUCAUCUCAUAGCAGGAACACACAGGGAAGAAGAACAGCAGAAAGCCUUGAAGGAUUUUACUCUUGAAAAUAUUCUGUCCCACAUUUAUUAUUUUCGUUGUCACGAUUACACUGAGCUGCUGGCACAAGUCUAUCUCCUUCCAGAUUUCCUUUCAGAUCAUUCAAAGGUGCAGUUAGUGAUAAUAGAUGGAAUUGCGUUUCCCUUUCGUCAUGACCUCGAUGAUCUUUCCCUUCGUACUCGAUUACUAAAUGGCCUUGCCCAACAAUUGAUCAGCCUUGCAAAUAAGCACAGACUAGCUGUUAUUUUAACGAAUCAGAUGACAACAAAGUUUGAUAAAAAUCAAGCUUCGCUUGUUCCUGCGUUAGGGGAAAGCUGGGGACAUGCUGCUACAAUAAGGCUAAUUUUUCACUGGGAACAAAAACAAAGAUUUGCAACAUUGUACAAAUCACCAAGCCAGAAGGAGUCCACAGUACCAUUUCAGAUCACACCUCAGGGAUUUAGAGAUGCUGUUGUCACUGCUGCCUCAUCACAGACUGAAAGUUCUUUGAACUUCCGGAAACGGUCACGAGAACCAGAGGAAGAAUGCUGACCAAAUAAUAAUGUUAAUGCAUCCAGUUAACUGAUUAUGUGCUAUCCAGUAUAUAAUGGAUGUAUGUAUGUGCACUGUGUGUGUGCUGGUGCCUACAGAAGCGAGCUGGGGUGGUGGAUCUUGUGGAACUGGAGUUACAAGUGAAACUGAGCCACCAUAAAGGUGCUCGGAGCCAGAACCUAGUCUUCUGCAAGGACCAAAAUGUUCCCAGCUGCUGGGCCAUUCCUCCGGCCCUCCACCAUUCCUCCGGCCCCUCCACCAUUCCUCCAGCCCCUCCACCCUGUCUCUGAGACAGGUCUUCUUGUUUUGUCUCUUCGCACUCCAGGUCCACACACUUUGGCUACGUCUGGUUUUGCCUCUUGUCUCACUAGGGACACUGGGAUACGGGUGUGGGCUCUGGGAAUUGAACUCAGGUUGUCAGUUUUUUUUUUUUUUUUGCUUAACAAAUGCUUUUAUCCAGUGAGCAUCUUUCCAGGCCCUCCACCUUAAAUUUUAAGAAAGAGAUAUCUUACUGAACAUGGAGUUCACUGACUCAGAGGGCCACCUGUCUGCCCCACCCACCCCAAGGUGCACAAAUGCGCUGUAGGGCCCCAGCCUUUAUAUGCAGUCUUCAUGCCUGCAUUUCCCUAGCUCCUGAAAAGAUUUUCUGAAGCACUGUUCUAUAAUUAUAUUUUAAUGUGUUUUUAUUUUGAGUAAUGUGGAAAGCUGACCUUAUGUUACCUAUCUGCAUUUACCAUCCAGAGUGGGAAACUUCUUUGUCAAUUGCCUAAAAAAUAAUACAAAUAAAACAUUGUAAUGCAUUUUAA